GAGAGAGAGAGAGACGGAGUGCGAGAACAAGCGGCUCGCCUCAUUCUGCUUCUUUCCCAGCAUCCAUUCUGUGAGACCCUAUUCCGGAGCGGGGGAGAGCUACAUAACAGGCAAAUUGAAGAGGCAAAAGGAGGAAAAAUCCAUUGAGGAGGGAGUAUAUCGAGGAAAAUAACACAUAAUCAGGGCUCACUGGACAUUCACUACCACCUCCUAUAGCUUUGGCAGAGGUGUCUGAAAGUUUCCAUCCAGGGGGGAUACCCUCCCCUUGUUGUGGGGAUGAACAGCGGAUGCUGAAUUUCAUUCCUGAAGGCAGGAGGAAAGCUGUGAGGACCGGCUGGAUUCACUUGCAGUGGAGCUGGUAGUGCGCACCAGAAGAGAUCCUACAGUGCCUCUUUCGCUCUCUCGCUCAGUCUCUCGCACACACAUUUUCCAGUAGAAUACAUAACACUAUUUCACUGUGCCAAGGUGGAAUAUCAGGGGGAAGCAACCCAAAAGAAAUUCUCCUGAACCAGGGAAGUCAAGAGGAACGGAUUAUAUACAGAAUCAAUGAAGGACAUCCUGUUCAUGAAAAGCUGAAUCUGUGUAGGCACCUAUCCACUCUACUGGUAGAAAGCAGACAUGUUCCUUGCCUCUAUUCCAGUAUGACCCUGGAGUAAGUGACCUGUGUGUAGAGGUUCACUGGGGGAAGGACUUCUUGUUUCUUUUGCAGUGUAUGGACAUCUGACAUUGGGAAGCCCAGCAGCCUGAAAAUAAGGAGGACCACAGCAAAAGAAGAGAGAAAAGAAUAGGCCAUGGCUGAGGGGAUGAUUGCUUCUCAAAGUGAACCGUGACAGAAUGAUCGACUGUAUGAGCAAAGUCAUGCUGCACACGGUCGUCUCAUGCUGGCAACCAUUCCUGGGACUGGCCCUCGUGGCUGUCUUUGUGGGCUCUACCCUAGGAUGUCCCUCGCGCUGCGAGUGUUCGGCGCAGAGCAAGGCAGUUGUCUGUCACCGCAAGCGCAUGCCCACCAUCCCGGACGGCGUCCCAACAGAGACCCGGAUCCUGGACCUGAGUAAGAACAAGCUGACAAUGAUCAACCCUGAUGACUUUAUCAACUUUCCUGGGCUUGAAGAACUUGACCUUAGUGGGAAUAUCAUCAGUUAUGUUGAACCUGGAGCUUUCAACGCCCUGUUUAACAUGCACUCACUCAGUCUCAAGAGCAAUCGUAUCAAACUCAUACCUCUGGGCGUCUUUGCAGGCUUAGCAAACCUUACUCGGCUGGAUAUAAGUGACAACAAGAUCGUCAUCCUCCUGGAUUACAUGUUCCAGGACCUGCACAAUCUAAAGUUUUUGGAAGUGGGUGACAAUGACCUGGUUUACAUUUCUCACCGUGCAUUCAGUGGACUCUUAAGCCUGGAGAUUCUGACCCUGGAAAGGUGCAACCUAACAGUUGUACCCACUGAGGCCCUCUCCCACCUGCACAACCUUGUCAGCCUCCAUCUACGAUACCUCAGCAUCAGCACUUUGCAUCCUUACUCUUUCAAAAAGCUGUUUCGGCUGCGGAAUUUAGAAAUUGAUAAUUGGCCCUCACUAGACCACGUGCCAGCCAAUACCCUGCAUGGCCUCAACCUGACCACUCUGUUCAUAACCAACACCAACCUGUCCUCCUUCCCUUACCAAGCCUUGAAGCAUCUGCCCUACCUGACACACCUCAACCUGUCCUACAACCGCAUCAGGCACAUUGAAGGGGGGAUGCUGAUGGAACUGGUUCGGCUUCAGGAGCUCCAUCUGGUCGGAGCUCAGCUAACCACCAUUGAACCGUAUGCCUUCCAGGGCCUGCGGGGCCUCAAAGUCCUCAAUGUUUCUCACAACCGACUGGAUACACUUGAGAAAGGUGUUUUUCAGUCUCCUGAGGCUCUGGAGGUUCUUCUGAUUGACAACAAUCCCCUAGUGUGCGACUGCCGUCUCAUGUGGAUCCUGCAGAAAAGGCAUUCCAUUUUCUUCGGGGAAUCGCAGCCAGAGUGCAGCACACCUGAGGGUAUUCGUGGCAGGCCUUUUAAGGAGUUUAAGGAGACUCUCCUGUCCUAUUACGUGACAUGUACCAAGCCAAAAAUCCGAGAGAAUAAAACUCAGACGAUCACUGUGGAUGAAGGCCAGCAGGCGAUGUUGCGCUGCAGUGCUGAGGGGACACCGAGGCCCUCCGUGUCCUGGACGUCCCCACGUAGAAAAAUAUAUACAAGUAGGAGCCACGGUAGAGUUACCGUCCACAAUAAUGGCACACUGGAGAUCAAGUCAGCAGAGGUACAAGACAGCGGAGUGUACCUUUGCCAUGCCUCUAACACUGCUGGGAAUGACACCCUGAUGACCUCAUUGGCGGUGAAAAGUCUGGGAUCGCUGUACGCCAACAGGACCCAGUACUACACAGAUCCCAGCAAUACCACUGCCAAUGGGACAGCUGGCGUGACCCUCGGUUUAGACCUAAAGACUAUUUUAGUGUCAACGGCAAUGGGUUGUUUCACGUUCUUGGGAGUGGUCUUGUUUUGUUUCCUGCUCCUUUUCGUGUGGAGCAGAGGAAAAGGAAAACAUAAAAACAACAUAGAUGUUGAGUACGUGCCUCGGUCCAAGUCUAACGGCACUAACGUUGACUCGGCAGAGGGACAAGCUGGACCUCGUCGUUUUAACAUGAAAAUGAUGUGACAUUCUUCAUGAGUCCAAGAUUCUGGAUUGUGGAAAUGCACAGCACAAUGUAUUUUUUUGAAAAUUGGACUACUGAACUUCCAACUACUGCAGGGAGAAUAGUAGUUAAAACAUUUGGGGCGUCAUACCAAGAUAAACAGCACCGUAAAACAGUGGAUUUUAUCAUAAUGCUUGGAUACUGUGUUUAAAAUACCGAGUCAUAACGGGACAGCCGAAGAGCAACUGCUUCAACGUGGACGACAAGUGAAAACUGUGUCCGCCAAGGGGACCUGAAUGGAAUAUGUGUCAUUUAUCAGCUUUUUGAAAUUUAUAUGCCCAAAAAAGAGGACUUCAUUUUUGGGUUGGAUCUACAGACUGAGCUGAACCAUGUACAGUACAAAUUUGUAUCUAAGCUAUUAACCUACUUUGUUUAGUCUUGCGCCAUGCUUAUUCACAGAACAAAUCAAUGAAACAGACCAUGAUUUCCUAUGUUCAGUACUUUGCAUAUGUGUACCUAAUGCUUCAUUAUGUACAUGUAUGUACAUAUUCAUUCAAAAGAACUACUCAUAGCAAUAUUCAUGGGAUGCAUUAGCCAAAAUUGAUAUACCCCACACGUUCAGCAAGAACAUCCUUCAGACUUUUGAAGUUUCCAUGGAUUCAGGAAGGGCUUCUAAGGGUGAUAAUACGUCCCUGCUCCCCUAAUUGACUCCUAGAUAUUAAUAAAUAUAUAUUAUUUAUCAAUAAAAAAUGAAGAAAAAAGAUUUUAUUUAUUAAAAAAAAAAAGAAAAUGCCGAGCAUUUGACAAAAAUCAGUCCUCAAAUGAUGUUCAGGAUCUAUCAUAACACUUCGAUUAUCAGAAAGUCGACCCAGUACUGGUCGGAGAGCCGACAUGAACCACCUUUUGUCCUAUUUUGUCUCUUUUUAUUACUUUAACUGUACCUUUGCUGGUUGGCAAAUUACAUGUGUCAAUUUUACUACAGUGACAUUUGCAUAAUUUUCCCCAGUAGGAAAUUUGGACUUUGUUGUGGUAGUUCCUCAUUUUGUUGUUGAAUCAUUUAGAUUGUGAAAACUUCAAAGUAAAAGUAAAAAAAAUGUAUGUGAAAUAAAUGAAGAUGUAUUUGUACCGAUGA